ACCAGCCCCGAGUGCGCAGCUCCUAAAAACUGGAAGGCAGCUGAGCUCAAGUCUGGGCCGCUGCGGUGCUGCCCGCGCGCUACGGGUGACGCGGGGCUGCGGGCUGGUCCUCGAGGACGCUACAGGGGUCUGGAGCUCGAGCCCUUCAGCGUGUGGAGACCGAAACGCGGGGACACGCGAGUCUGAAGGUAAUGGAGGUGAUGGAUGAAGCAUCCGGCACUCGGCUCUGCCCCACUAAAGCCCCCCGCAGCCUAAUGAAGUGGAGGAAGAGGGUCAAGUCUGAGUACAUGAGGCUAAGGCAGCUCAAACGCUUCCGCAAGGCCGAGGAGGUGAAGGCCCUGUUUAUUUCUAACAGGCAGAAGAUUGAACUAAGGACAGAUCUGCUAAAUGAGGAAUGGUCAAAACUUAGGAUCCAGUCCAUCCCCUUCUCCACACAGAGCGGGUCAAUGCCCAGCAAGAAGCAGUGCAGCGUGGAGUUCGGCUUCCCAUCCUUUCCCAACCAGGCAGUUGCCAUGCGACCCCUGACAACGGUUGCUGGGAUACCAUUCAUGUACUCCUGGUCCCCUCUGCAGCAGAACUUCAUGGUGGAGGACGAGACGUUUCUUCAUAAUAUUCCGUAUAUGGGUGAUGAGGUACUGGAGCAGGACGAAGCAUUCCUGGAGGAGCUGAUUGAUAACUAUGAUGGAGUUCAUGGGGACAGAGAGGGAGGCUUCAUAAACGAUGAGAUCUUUAAGGAGCUGGUGGAGGCACUGAGUCAGUACUCAGACCAGGAGGAAGAGGAGGAGAGCACAGAGGAGGAGGAGGAGCGAGGGGUGAGAAGGAGUGCUGGAGAGAACACAGAGGAGAACAAGGCAGUGUCACUGGCCUUCAAGAGGAAGCGCAGGAGAGUUACUGAGGGUAGUGAAUUACCCACCAGUAAGAAGAUCCCCCAUGAUAAGAUCUUCACUGCUAUCGCCUCCAUGUUCCCUUACAAAGGCACGACAGAGGAGCUCAAAGAAAAGUAUAAGGAUCUGUUGGAGCCUCCUAGUUCAGUGAAGCUUCCUCCUCUCUGUACGCCCAACAUGGACGGCCCCUUCGCCAAAUCCGUUCAGAGAGAGCAGAGCCUUCACUCCUUCCACACACUCUUCUGCCGCCGCUGCUUCAAAUACGACUGUUUCCUCCACCCGUUCCACGCCUCCCCCAACGUGUAUAAAAGGAAGAGUAAGGAGAUCCGAAUGGAGACAGAGCCUUGUGGAAUAGACUGCUUUCUGCUGCAGAAAGGAGCUAAAGAGUUUGCUGAUCAGUACAUGCUGAGGUCUCAGAGAUCUCGCAGACGGCGCCGUCAGAUCCGCCCUUCCAGCUCUGCUGGUCCCGCUCCCUCCAGCUCAGCUGAGGAGGGAAAAGAUGGAGACAGUGACCACGAGACCACAAGCUCAUCGGAGGGUAACUCAAGGUGUCCCACUCCUACCAAGCUGAAGCAGGAGGAGGAGUUGGUGGAGGACAAUGAACCUCCUCAGCAGUGGAGCGGUGCGGACGAAAGUCUGUUCAGAGUCCUGCACGGCACAUACUACAACAACUUCUGCUCUAUAGCAAGACUCAUAGGCACCAAGACCUGCAAACAGGUGUAUGAGUUUGCCAUGAAGGAGGUCCUUAUUCAUCGUGUCCCUCUGGAAGAUGCAGGGAUUUCACCUCAGAAGAAGAAAAGGAAACACAGGUUGUGGGCCAAGAUCCAGCUAAAGAAAGAUAAUUCGUCCAAUCAGGUGUACAACUACCAGCCAUGUGACCACCCAGAGCACCCUUGUGACAGUUCCUGCCCGUGUGUGAUGACCCAGAACUUCUGCGAGAAAUUCUGCCAAUGUGAUCACGAGUGUCAGAACCGGUUCCCAGGCUGCCGCUGUAAGACCCAGUGUAACACCAAGCAGUGUCCGUGUUACCUGGCUGUACGGGAGUGUGAUCCUGACCUGUGCAUGACCUGUGGAGCUUCUGACCACUGGGACAGCAAACAGGUGUCCUGCAAGAACUGCAGCAUCCAGAGAGGACUCAAAAAGCACCUCCUGCUGGCUCCGUCUGAUGUAGCAGGUUGGGGAACUUUCAUCAAGGAGCCCGUCCAGAAGAAUGAGUUCAUCUCUGAAUACUGCGGAGAGAUCAUUUCCCAGGAUGAGGCAGACAGAAGAGGUCGGAUCUACGACAAGUACAUGUCCAGCUUUCUGUUCAAUUUGAACAAUGACUUUGUUGUGGAUGCCACGCGAAAAGGGAACAAGAUCCGGUUCGCCAACCACUCCGUCAAUCCCAACUGUUACGCAAAAGUUGUGAUGGUGAACGGGGACCACCGCAUUGGAAUCUUUGCCAAACGGGCCAUACAGCAGGGGGAGGAGCUCUUUUUUGACUACAGUUGCCUCGUAGGUACAGCCAGGCUGACGCCUUGAAAUACGUGGGCAUAGAGAGAGAGGUCGACGUUGUGUGACUUUACCUCUUCCACCUGGUAAUGCUGUUACUGCUACUGCCCACACUGCAUCUCUCCUCGCUCAGGACUGCGGUUCUAAUGUGGGCAAUAUGGAUCUGUUUCUGCUCCCAGGAUUGGAUUCUGUGAUGUUGUUGUGUUUUCUUUGUAUGACAUCACAAAAUCAUCACACACACAAAGGUCACAUGCUCCUUCUGUUUAUGAACUUAAGGUCAGUUGAAUGGUCUGAACUGCCGUGUUUUUUUGCGUAAAACGUACCAGUGGGUAGUAAAAUUGACUUUUGGUGUAGUAAAAUCUUUUUUGAAUAGCACACCUCCGUUCUCCCGCAGCUUUCCGAGAUGCAGUUUUUUUUGCAGUUGAUUUAGAAUGGAUGAUAUGGAGCAUUUUCUGCCCCUGGGGUUAAAUUGUUUUUAAUACCAUUAUCCAGGCUCAAAAUAGCUCCACAGCCUCAUUGGUAGAAUCUGGAGAGACAUUUAAAACGAGACAUUAAUAAGUUUUAAAAUGGUUACACUAUGGGUUGUAAACAGUAUUUUUAAAUAAGCUUCUUGUGCACUUUUACAGUUAUUAAUGCCUUGCUUUAAAUGUCAGGGCUCUCCGCAUUCUAUCAGUGUGGUGUGGAGCAACUUUGAGCCUGGAUAACGGUGAAAAAAAAUAUUUAUCUGCAGGGGAAAAAUAUGCCCCAUAUCAUCCUAUCUAAAGCAUGUUUGGCCAUCUGGAAAAAAAUACUGGAUCUCGGAAAGCUGCAAGAGAACGGAGGUGGGCUCUUUAACAAAGGUUAAUACUCUUUAGCAUGUUUUACUUUACCAAAAUCAAUUUUACACUGGAGUUCUCCUUUAAUUAUUUUUCUUCCAAAAUCAAAGGAAUUGAACUACCAAAGCUCACUGCUCUACAGCUCAGUGAUGAGGCCUUUAUACUCUUCUAGCCCACACCUGGCAUAAGACAUGAAACCAAUACUAUUUGUUCAUAUUUAUAUGGUCCAGAGAGUCAUAUUGUUUAAAGGGACUAGACAAACUGAACGCAUUCCUUAAAAGAGGUGCCCACAAACAUUUAAACAUAUAGUGCAGUUCAGUAUCGUUCUGCUAGUUCAGACCAUUUGCGGCCAACAGUUCAGGAUAUUUACAUUGCGGUAGACUCUGUACACAAGUGUAUGAACCAUAAACAGUUUUAGGAUACAUAUAUGUACUCAAUAUACAAGAUUUCAGAGUAAGAGAACCGUUGUUUUAGUCCGUUUAUUCAGGCGUGAGAGCCAAGACCGUUUCUUUCACUUCAGUCACAUUUUUACUGGUAGUAUUCAGUCGUCUUCAGUGUCUUUCCGCUGCUGAACGACUUUCAUUUUUAACAAAAUCCGCAAUAAUAUUGUCUUCAACUAUACUGUAGUGUACUGUGAUAAUGUUAGCCUGUUACUACUAUAAUCUGCAAUGCUCUGCUGUUUUCCAAGCCUGUCUGUUACCUGUGCUAGCGUCCGUUUAGCCGCAGCCAGGCUAGCAAUUUACUUCUGUUACGAUGCCGCAGUCUCGUACCCUGUGACUGUAGAAAACAUGGACGCCAUGGCCUAGUUCGUUUUCCUUCCGUUCUAUAGAAAUUAAGUGUAAUAAAUUAAAUCAUUUUUUUAUUUUAUAAACUGGGGAGUAGACACCAGAAGGUGAGCUCAUUUGCUAAAAAAUCCCUUCCCUCUCCCAGGCCAAGUGUGUCUCAGACCGCCUUCAUUGAGCUAGCAGUGCAAGUUUACCCUCUAAAUGUAAUGGGUAAUGUGUCAACUGUAAACAUGCAAUUAAUUUACCUUAUAUAGCAGUAUUUGUAACCAAGGGUGGUAUUGCAUAAAUAUUACUUUUCUGACGUGCCAAAUUUCUGCUCUGCGCCUUACUAUAAGAGGCCAAAAUAUGUCAUUCAUUCAUUCAUGUGAAUUUAAGAUGGCUACAAGAUGGGGGGUUGGGGUGUUCACUAAAUUUGACGUGGCUCUCAGAAAAUGGGUGGGAAAAAACACAAAAAAUUGGGUCCAACAAAGUUGUACACUUAGGCAAAGAAUUUUCUAUUCUAAAAGUGUGUGAUUUGAGCCUCAUUUAGCUGGAACACAGUUUGUGCUAUUAGCGCUAGCUAACUAAGACUUUAUUCUUUGUUUUAUCAUCAAUUCUCAGGUAUGUUAGUUAAAAACAGCUGCACUGAGCUCUGUGUAACUCUGUUUUUCUGUACUAGAAGCUAGCUUAGCUUAGCAAGUGAGCUUCAGCUUCAGAACACAACAGGACUUGGUAAAAUGCGGAAACCGAAAAUAGUGUUGUGUACCAAUCAUGAUACUAAUAAUGCACUGCAAAUAUCUCCAUAUAUCCAGAAUUAAAGUGAAAUGAAUUAUACUGGACAGAUAUAAUCUGUCUCUGGUAGAUAUAUAAUGAGAAAUGAGAACAGUGUGAUUUUUUGUUUUACUAAAAACAGCAAAAAAGUAGUACCCUGAUGUGAUAAUUAGGGGUGGGUGGUAUGGCACAAUAUUAUCUUUCACAAUAUUCAAAAAUGUUGGAAAUAUUUCUGCAUACGAUACAAUAUGGCACAUCCCUAUUAGCUAGUACAAAUUAGCUAGUAUAAACAGAACUCGUUUUAUUAAUAUAAUUUCUGUGUAAAGUUUGACUAUAAAUUAAGUUUUAGUCAGAAAGAUUGGAGUGUGUUCUGUGGUAAGAUUUAGCUGUCAUGCUAGCUAAGUAAAGUUUAGAUAUCCUGCUAGCUAAGUAAAUGUUCAGCUAUCAUGCUAGCUAAGUAAAGUUUAGCUGUCGUGCUAGCUAAGUAAAUGUUCAGCUAUCAUGCUAGCUAAGUAAAUGUUCAGCUAUCAUGCUAGCUCAUAGACUGUGUUUAGCUUGACAGAGCCUUGUCUCUCAAAAGUGAAGCCACCACAGGUCGGGCGCCCCCUGCUGUUCGGUUUCAGAAAGCUGUAUAACCCCACCCAUUCCCAUAGGUUUCAAUGGCAAAACAGACAACUUUCAAUCACGUUUUUUUUCUAAUAUACUGUAAUUCUGCCUCCAUUAUUUAAAUGCAGCAGCUAGUGUAACCUCUGCUUAUAUUGCCAAUUUUUUAUAUCCUCACAGAAUUAGUUUUUAAAAACGUUAUUCAGCUCUAUUCAAAAAAGGUGUGGUUAUUGUAAAAGGGCUGGUUAUGGGUGGGACCAAUAACAGACCAUCAGCUCCGCUCCGCUCCGCAGCCUGUGACCUCGAGGCAGCCCUCACGGGCGGGUUUAUUUAAAUGAGUAGGCUGUCUUUCCACAGUCUUUCUCCCUCCUCUGGUCUCUACUGCGCAGACUCGGGUAUCAGGAUCGCCAACAUGGCGGAAGAUUUUGGCUUCAUUUUCAUUGAAUGAAUGGGAACGGCGACACGGCGUCCAUCUUUUUUUACAGUCUCUGUGCUAGCUAAGUAAAGGUUCAGCUAUCAUGCUAGCUAAGUAAAGUUUAGCUAUCAUGCUAGCUAAGUAAAGUUUAGCUAUCAUGCUAGCUAAGUAAAGUUUAGCUAUCAUGCUUGCUAAGUAAAGUUUAGCUAUAAUGCUAGCUAAGUAAAGUUUAGCUAUCAUGCUAGCUAAGUAAAGUUUAGCUAUCAUGCUUGCUAAGUAAAGUUUAGCUAUCAUGCUUGCUAAGUAAAGUUUAGCUAUAAUGCUAGCUAAGUAAAGUUUAGCUAUAAUGCUAGCUAAGUAAUGUUUUUUGAUUAGCUGUGUACACAUUUUUUUUAUCGUCAUACUGAUGGUUUAACCAUACCUGUCAAGUUUUGGACUUAAAAAUAAGGGAUUUUUUCCGCCGCCCCAACAGCCCAAACGAGGGGGAAAUUCUUUUUUUUUUUAUUUAAUAGAUUUAAAAUUGAAAUUGAAGGGUGCACAAAUUUACAAAAAGGACAUGGAUCAGAUAUAUUCCAUAAGUAAAUAAUAGUCCUAAGGGGCCUACACAGGGGCCUCCACUCCUGAUCAGUUCAGUUAAUUUCAGCCCUCUCCACAUUUUCUCUCUCUCCAGCUCAACCAUCUCUUCUACCCCUUCUAAAUAAUACAUUACAUUACAUUAUAAUACAUUACCACAAUACUUGAGAUUUAAACAAAUUCUAACAAACCCUAAAACUAGCCCUGAACUAACAGAGUUUGGAAAUGAUAGUUAUUGGCUGAUCAGGCACAUCAGGACAGGGCAUUAUAUAUAUAUAUAUAUAUAUAUAUAUAUAUAUAUAUAUAUAUAUAUAUAUAUAUAUAUAUAUAUAUAUAUAUAUACAUAUAUAUAUAUAUAUAUAUAUAUAUAUAUAUAUAUGUAGAUUUUUCUCAAACCCUGAAUAUCUAUCUAGCUAAUUCUAAAGUUAAGCUAACUGAGUCACAAGCUGGAUUUUAUUAAACACACAGUGGGUUUAAUUUAUGUUUUGAUUCAGAGAAGAGUCUUUUUAACCAGCUAUCAGAAACAAUCUCAUCAUAGUUUACAUGGUUAGUUACCUUUCUUUUAGAAAAAUCUCCGUAUAUCCAGAUUAGUUUUAACGACAGCUGCUCCGACUAGCUGCCUGAACUCACAGCACACUAAACUCCGCAAAACCAGCUAGCUGAUUGGCUGUUUCUCCUGAAAGGCGGGACUUUCUCCUUGAACCGGCACCACGAUUGGUUAAGAGACACACAGCGGUCAGUGCAUUGUCGCCUGUGGCCUAUAUAUUUUUUUAUUUAGUAUAAUACGGGAAAUUUACGGGAAAAUACUAAUACGGGAGGACGGCGGGAAAGAGGAGUAAAAUACGGUAGUUUCCCGGCCAAAACGGGAGACUUGACAGGUAUGGGUUUAACAUUUACUGUAUGACUGACGUAAACAAACUGAACUAUGACAAUUUUUCAGUCUAUUAAUAACCCAGAAUUUAAAGGAUGUUAAUACCGUAUACUGCUGUAAUUUUUUUUUACAUGGUAUGACAGUAUGAGAAAAGUGGAUACCGGCAGCCCUAGUGUGAAUUAUGGUCUGUUUUGUCAUUGAAACAUAUGGGGAUCUGCAGAGCUAUACAUUAUACCACAUCCAGUCAGCAGAGGCCUAAACCACAGCGCUGUCCAUGCUUUCUACAGUCACUGCUUGUACCGGCUAAGCUAAUCUCUAUCUCUGGCCUGGUUUCUCUUCUGUUCCAGCUGUAAGCUUCUCGCUCGGCUGUUGCAAACUUAUGUAGCACCAAAAAAGAAAAAAUAAAUAAAUAAAACGAAAAGACUAUUUGUAAAAGAUAAGCAUUCAAAGAUAGUGUUGCGCUAAUUAGCAGGUAUCCUUCACGUCUGCUUCAGUUGUGGAAUAAGUCCAAUGGCAAUGAAACAAAAGAAGUAACCAUACAAACCGACAGACUGAAUGUGAACUUUGAGCUAAAGAGGGACAACGAAGGUUUCAAAGCAAAGAAACGUGUGGGAGAUUCUUUCUUAGGGCUUUUUUUAAAGAGUUUACAUUAGAAAACAAGAGUGGGUUCCACUGUCAUUUGUCCCUUUUGUAUGUAAGAAAAAUUUUUAAGAGCUAAACCAAACUACAGCAGCCAUGUUGACUGAAAUAAAUGCCCUGAAGUUAUAUUUGCACUUAGUGUGUUCUUUUCAGGAAAGAUUUGAGAAGGCACGUUAACGCUAAUGCUAAUGCUAGUUUUUAUGAUAACACAUGUUUGUAAUCAAGUUUUGUUCAUGUAAUAUAUAACAAAGACAGCAUGCUAACAAGCUACAAACAUCUCUAUAAUAUGCCUCAUUAGGUACAUACUUAUUUGUAAGGCUUUUUAACCACAUAUGGCCAUAAUGAUAAUAAUAAUAAUUUAUUAUUUGAAUUACAGUAUUAAUUUAUUUCUAUAUGAGUAACCACGUGUGACUUUUUUAAGUAUAUAUUAAGUUUGUUUUUAGUUACUUAUGCAGCAUUUUAUGCAUCAUUUAUGAUUGUUUACUUACUACGUAUUCUGUAGAUGAAUUUGCCUCCUCAGAUCUUACCUGAAGGAACAUCGUAUGUUUGCUCUUUGUUAUUGGGAGAGUAAUAUGCCUUCAGUACUCUUAUCAUGUCUAAUGUCUCAUGAAUAAUGUUGUCCAAAUACUCAAUAUGACACAUGAAAAUUUAAAACACAAGUGCUUGGUUCUUUAGUUGAAUUGUGAAAGAGCUUCUGAAUAAUAUGUGUCAUGUUCAUGCUGAGAAAUUAAAGGGUCCAUAUCGUAUUGGAAAAAAAAAAUUGGUUCUGUAUGAAAACAGUGCUAUCAUGCUAUGUGUGAUAUAUCCACCUAUUCAGACUACAGCAGUUUAGCCCCACCGUUUCACCCAAAAGUUAUAGACAAUUGAAGUUGUGUCCUCAUUUUGUAGUUGAUGCCAAGUUGUUAUGCUUAUAUUUAGACUCUGUCUAAGUUCAGAUUUCAGUGGCAGAAAUAAAUAGGGAUUUCAAUGAAUCAGCUUUUGGAUUUAUAAAUGGAAAAUUAUUUUGUUCAGAAAUGGAAUGGCAAGUGACACUCUGGUUGGUUUAUUUCAUGUUACGCCCAAAACGCACCCAUGACUAGUUUAGAGAAUUAGUACAUGCUUUUUGCGCAUUUUGAGCGACAUAAGGUGGCAUACUUUUCCCAUUGUUACGAUAGCAAAGCCACACUGACACGUCCUAAAUCAAGCUGCACAAAUGACAGCUUGACUAUAGAUUGCUAAAAUAGGGCCACAAGUGCGUUAAUGUGUUCAUGUUGAUAGCCCAGAGUUCCAAAUAUUGGCAUAAAAAGGACAAUUCAGUUUAAUUUAUAAGGUAUACAUAGUAUAUAAACCCACAACAAAACAUUUCCAGUAAGUGAAUUACAAAGAAAAAAUAAUACAUUAUUAGGAAAAAGUGGGAUAUGGGCCCUUUAACGUGUUCAUUUCUCUCCUGGUUGAAAAAAAUCCGUGCAUUCCUAAAUGUCUGCAAUAUGCACUACUGUUCUAAAAGUUUGGGAUCUUGGGAUUUUUAAUUUAUAUAUAAAAGCUUGACUAAUUUUUUUUCCUAGUUUACAUUUAUAAGGGUGAAAACUGUUGUUCGGUACACGGUGUCCAAAUUUUAUGAUGAAUAGACUAAUAGAAGUGCUCCAAAAUCUACAAAAUGACUUGAAAUAAAAUCUUUUUUUCAAAUACAUCUAGCAGAUACAUAGAUAACACAAACCAUUCUGGAUGUAGAUUUUUAUAGAUUUUAUAGUAUAUUUUUUUGUAAAUUCUGUAUAAUUUUAGGUCAGAAUCAUCAACAGCUCUUUACAUCUCUGUUUGAUUAAGUUCAUAUAUUUUUUCAGCCAAAUAAGGGAGGAGACUUAAAGAUCGAGGUUUGUGAAGACUCAUCAUGAACAUGUGAGUAAGGUAGGGAUCAUAUUUUAUAAUUAUUUUAACUUUAAGAGGUUAGGAGGCUUUAGGAGGCUUUUAAACACGAUUCCAAACUUUGGAACUGUAGUGCAAGACAGCAGAACUGGCCCAGGUAAGCUGUUUGUAUUUUUUACGUUUUUUUUUUUUUUUUACUGCGUUUUCUUUUAUUCAUUUCUGAAACACAAGUCUUCCCAUUUCAAAUGAACGUGCCAAAAACAGUAAUGCUGAACCAGAAGGCAAGUCAACUGAAUAUAAAAGUGUCAUUUAAUUAUAUUACAUUAUUUUCACCUGUCUGUGAAGUACUGUGUACAUUAUACAUGUAUAUGUUUUGGUGUCCUGAGACUAAAUCUUCUGAAUGUUCUGAUUUCAUCACUUGUAUUAUUUCUGUAAUUAUACACUGCCAUUAUCAAACCCAUGCCACUCAAGCCCACUUUACGAAGAGAGCUCUCUGCAGACGACCGAAAUGCUAUGGAGUUAAGACAUGUAUGUAAAAGCAAGCAGGUAUGUGUAUGGAAAAUAAAGUUUAUAAGUUACUUUGAAA